GCUCUAGCAAGGCUUAGUCGAAUCAACCCUGUACGGCGCAGCUGCGAUUUUUAGGUGAAAAAUUCUGUGCAAGUAAUAAUGGCCUCCGUUAACAAAUUAGCACUUUUGAGCCGCACCCUCAGCUCCGCUGCUUCGCAGCAGGUGGUCAAGCCACCAAUCCAGUUGUUCGGACUGGAGGGCCGUUAUGCCACUGCAUUGUAUUCGGCUGCCACGAAAAUGAACCAGUUGGAUAAGGUGGAAAAGGAUUUGAUCGCUCUGCAAUCUACCAUUAAAGGCGACAAGAAGCUGCACGAACAAGUGACCAGCCCCAUCAUCAAUAAGAAAGUUAUGGCUACUGCAUUGCAAGAGGCUUCUACCAAGCUGAGCUUUGCACCAGCCACAUCCAAUUUGUUGGGUCUUUUGGCUAACAAUGGACGCUUGAAGAAGCUGGAUACGGUUAUCAAUGCCUUCAAGACCAUUAUGGCUGCCCACCGCGGUGAGGUUGUCUGCGAAGUGGUGUCCGCCAAGCCGCUGGAUGCUGGCCAAAACAAGCAAUUGGAGGGCGCUCUCAAGUCCUUCCUGCAGCCAAACCAGUCGCUGAAGAUAACAUCUCGCGUGGAUCCCAGCAUUAUAGGUGGACUAAUUGUCUCCAUUGGCGACAAGUAUGUCGACAUGAGCAUUGCCACCAAAGUGAAACUAUACACAGAUGUCAUUCAGACCGCUGCCUAAGUUUAAGGAUUUACUGUUGAUUUUGCGUGGCGUGUAAUAGCGAAUAAAACUCUUGGGGAUAGCUUCAAA